GAAGGUCGCAGUUUGCGCCACAGUACGAAGCCAUUCGCGUUGUGUCGCUCGUUCGGACAUCGUUGAAUAUAUUUUCUUGUCUUUUAGAGGAUGAUUUGUGUAGACGAUUGGAAAAGAAGAUUCGUGUGAAUUGAUAACAGUUGGGUGGAGAAUUAAAGUUGCUUUGGUGCAGCGAAUUGAUACGAACGAUCGAUCGGACGCGUCACGGAGUCGGUUUUCUUUCUGUUUCGGUGUAGGAGCCUGGCGACCGCCGAAGGACGCUGUGUCGUAAAGUUCCCAGCGACUUCGUGAAAGCCUCCGAGUUGAAUCGAUGCUGGGAAACCUCCUCGGGAAUGAGAGCCAGCGCGAGGAAACAUCGAAGAACUUGUAAUAAAAGGACGUGAGAGAAAGGACUCGAUAGGAAAGGAAGAAACGGCCCCGCAGGAGAGCCCAGGAUGACGAUCGGCGCGUCGUCCAUGGUAAUCGACUAUCUGGUGUUCGUCGGCUGUAUCAUCGCCGCGUUUGUCAUUCCACUAUGGGGCAAGUUUCGUGGCCGUCGAAAGGAGACCACCAAAGCGGACUAUGUAUUCGCCACCGGAAACGUCUCGAUGGGCGCCAUGAUGUUGUCCAUCGCUCGUGGCACCCUUGGUGUCCGAUCUUUCCUCGGCUAUCCGUCAGAGCUGUAUUACAGAGGUAGCGCCAUGUGGGAAACCAUCUAUGGUAUGCUGCUCGCGUAUCCCAUCGUGUGCUUCAUCUUCGUCCCUGUUUACUACAGCCUUGGCAUCACGUCAGUCUAUCAGUAUCUAGAUAUGAGGUUCAACUCAAAGCUAGUCAGAUGCCUCGCGAGCUUCUCUUACGUGAUACGUAGCCUGUUGAACUUGGCCGUCACGAUAUUCACGCCUUGCGUCGCUCUGAAGGCUGUGAUUGGCUUGCCGUACUGGGCCAGUAUCUUGGGGAUCACCUCGAUAUCCGUCGUCUUCAGCGUCAUGGGUGGUUUGAAAGCAGCCAUCCUCUCGGAUGUCAUACAAGGAGUGACGAUGAUCGGCGUCUCGCUCGUGAUAAUCGCCAAGGGUUCCGCCGAUAUCGGACCUGAUAAGAUUUUGAACGUGACGUACGAACGUGGUCGAUUAGAUUUCUUCAGCACAGAUUUGGAUCCCACCCUUCGAGUGACGACUCUGUCAGCAACCUUGGGUCAAUUAUUCAUGAGCCUGUCCAUCUUCGGCUGCCAGCAGAACUUUGUGCAACGAUACUGUAGCAUGACUAGUCAACGGAAAGUCAUAAAGACCAUGUUAGCCAACAUGCCGAUAAUCUUCAUCUUGUUCUCUCUCUCCUGGGUGGUUGGCAUGGUAAUCUUCGCCAACUACGCGGACUGCGAUCCUCUCACACUAGGAUACAUCUCGAAAUUCGACGAGAUCGUGCCGUUCUACGUGGAAGACAAGUUCCUUAACUUCCCCGGUUUGUUGGGUCUCGUGAUGGCUACUCUAUUCAACAGCGCGCUCACCUUGGCGGUGUCGAACCUCAACUCUCUAGCCACGGUCACGUUCGAGGACUUCCUUAGUCAGAUACCCGCACUCAGGGAGUUGAAAGAUAAGCAGCAGCUACACCUCAUCAAGGCGAUCAGCGUUAUCUACGGCGUGCUGAUAAUAGGCGUGAGCUUUCUCGUGGCGAUGUUGUCGGGAGUAAUCGAGUCGUCGAUGCUGAUGACAUCGGCGACUUCCGGUCCGUUGCUUGGCGUAUUUGUGUUGGCUAUGCUGGUUCCCUGUGCCAACUGGAAGGGUGCUGCGACUGGGAUGAUCUUCAGCCACGUGACCACUUUGUGGAUAACCUUCGGACACUUGAGUAUCGGCAAUAUGCACAAGGCGGAAUCGCUUCCUCUGUCGACGGAGAAUUGUCGGAACGACACAUUCUCUCCUUGGGUCACGCAGCCUGAACGCUUGUUGAACGCUGCGCUCAACGUCACGAACAAUCAGUAUCAAAGCGUGCCAUUACUUAACGCGACCCAGGCAACAUCUGCCACAGGUCCACUCGAAUAUUUAUAUAGCAUCACGUACAUGUAUUACGCGCUUAUAGGAAGUCUGUCGACGGUGAUCGUCGGUAUUAUCGUGAGUCUGUUGACAGCUAAUCCACAAGAAGACAUGUACGAGCAACAUCUGCUUCAUCCACUAGCGGUGAAGAUAUCCAGACACUUCCCAGGAAGACGAAGAUUGUACGCGAGCAGCACGCGGUUACAGAACGAACAGAACGCAGCGAAUGCGACUGCUUCCUCGUCGGUGACCUCGAUCGCGAAUGCCGCGGAAAAGACUGCUCCUCUUCAAGGAAUCGUCGAUGAUAAUGGGAAGCUUCACAUCGACAUCGGUUACAUGGAGAAGCUUAAUGCACUCAAGAACGUCUCGCUCGAUGUGACCAACGAGGUCAGCAAAGGAACCAGACUUUAAGAGGAAGUUCCUAGUAUGACGUUCAGAACGCGACUACUGUGUUGUUCGACCUUCUCCGAAAACGAGGCUGAUUUCCAUUUCCCUCUUCAACUGUUGUGUUAACGAACCUCCCGGGUGAGCGAAUUAUUUUCCCGUAGUUGUACCAUUUUUACGAUUCUUUGUUAGUAUUAUAGUCAAAUGACGACCAUAGAAAUAUCUUAUUAUUAGUAGUAUUCUCAUUGAUCAUCCUGUAGAAUCAGCAUACAGCUAUUUUUAUUUCCAAUAAACAGACAAACGCGCAAUUUUACAGGGUAGACGCUAGUACAAAGUUAUAAGCAUGAACGAAUAGCUUCGUUGAGCCACAUUUAAGAAAUAGUAGGCGCGCGAUAUUAAUCGGCCGACUGUGCACGCGCAUACUUAAGCGAAGUAAUUACGUUAAGUGAAGUGAUUCCAGGAAAGAUGCGAUCACGCGUGUCUAGAUGCCGAGAACUAAAAUUCAGUCGGUUUUUCCCCAAGGUAUUUCCUAAAACACUCCCCAAACGAGCUCGCUUCGGUAGUUGCAGACUACAAACGGUGGCAUUUAUCGGUGCACGCGAAACUGCAUCUACCUUGCUGACUCGAUUUUCUCCUCGCGUUCCUCUCGUGUUCUCCUCCUUUAUAUUCGUUCCUUUUCCGUCUUGUCCGUUUUACGUCUCGUAAUGACGAGAUCGACAAGCUCUCACUUUGUUUUUCUCUUCAACGCGAGCUUCCCAUGCGAAGCACUUAAAGGAAACGUAAGAAACUUCGUGAGAACACCAAGCCAUUUGCGAUCCAAUCUUUAUUUCGCAAAUUUGUAAAGAUACUGUACGUUAUACGUACACGUGCGUCUAAUACUCAUUGUUCAAAGUCAAGUGCGGAAUCCGCGGGUCCUUGACGAUGUCAAGCACUUGUUCCCGAUAAUCGAGAAAUUAUCUGGUGUGUCCAUCUCGCUCUCCAACGAUACGGGGAAACGUCGUUCGUUAUUCGUGUUUGAUGCGAGAGAAAGUGAUCUCUGACAUUUGUAGAACGCUCACACCGGUGACCUAUGCCUGUUGGUCCGCUCCUGCGUUAGCGUGUAACGAAAGUAUUGAAUCGUGAUAUGAUUGCAAAGAAUCAAGUAGAUGUUAAUGCGUUUCGUUGCGCAAGGUCCGGAUUCUUAAGGUCAGAAUUUCCCGCGACGAAUGAUUCACUAUAUGCAAAUGAAUGAGGCGUGUAUUGACAGAGCGUGACGAACAGUUCACGCAAAUUGUAUAUUGAACGAUAUUGUAUAUUCUACAAUAUUCUACGUUGUUAUAAGUUUUAUAUCUUAUAGAUUAUGCGUUAUUUUUUUAACAAUAUAUAGACAUAUCUAUAGAGAAUAGCAGCGCUAAGCACGAUGUAUGUAAAAUAUCAAAUGGAUCUGUAUGAAA